ACUGUGGAGGGGAUGCCGGUGCAGGUCGUCAUCAGACCCCGGAGGAGAUCGCCACCAUGCCGGAGGAGAGAGGUACCACCACCGAAGAGGCCGAGUUCAACAGUGACCAGACCAGGCCUUCCUCAGGGAGGACCCUGGGGGCCUAAAAGGACAAAGAAGGAGGAGGAGAGAUACCCCGUGGUGUGGGACUACUUGGGGCGACCAGGGGCCGGAAGGGGACGGUUCCUGGAGCAGACCAGAGACAGGAGGGGCCCCCAUCCAGGACCAAGGGGGGUCUUGGAGUCGACACCCGCGGUGGUGUCGAGGGGUGAGCCCAGGAGGUGGAGGGGUCGAGGAUCCCGUUGUUCCGUAGAGGGGUGUGGGACAGUGACCCAUAAACUGCAGGACCAUGCCUUUUUUGCAUACCUACCUCGCUAUUUCCGGGCUGGGUACCCCCAGGAUAACCCUCCCGAACGAGAUGUGCUGGACAAAUUAGUGACGGCCCUACGGCAGCUGGCGUCCUGGAUUCUGGGUCCGGGCGCAACCCUGGAGGGGUUACACGAGUUUUGUAAUCGGAACAUUCAAUUGUCCCCGGACUGCUCUCUCCAAGAGAACUCAAUAGCUGGACUGAGGCAUUUGUGUACGGCCCAGGGAUGGCGCAUCCCAACCAAAUUCAGCCUGUGGCCCCUGAAUUCCCCGGCGUGCCUGAAGCAAUGGAGGGUGCUGCUUCAUCUCCUGAAUUUUGUGCCUCAGGACAAGAGGAGGGAGUUUCGCUUGUUCCUGGUUGCAGCGCCCCAACAUACCCGCUGGACUGCGCGGGUCAAGGCUCCCCAGGAAUGGGACCGGGAACUGAUGGAUGUGGGACAAGCGGAGGCUAUGUGGUUGCCGGAGGACGAGGAGGUCCGAGUAGGGGAAGAAGAUGAGUCCGCGGACAUGGGGGCCGCUGGAGGAAGCCAGGAAGUGGAGACAUUAUGGGAGGAGGAGCUUGCCGCUGAGGGGUUGGUAGAAGAAGGCACGCUCCAGGGUCCAGGGGGUCUCGAUCAUCUGUUCGACGCCCACUUCCACCUGGACCGGACAUGGGCGGGCACGUUUGGGAGAGCGCCCCAGGGGACCACUCCCGAACUAUUGGCAUCCGCACCAGAGGUGAGUCACCCAUUUGGAGAGCUGCCCGUCUGGGGGGUUGAAGUAUACUGCGACCCCCCUACGUAUCCUCAGCGAAUCAACAAUGACCCAAGAUACAUCACCGCGGUCGGAAUCCACACAAAGAAGGCUGCAAGCUUAACGGACAAAGUGUUCCGUCAGAUUCUUGGUUUUUGGAAAGACGCCCGAUGCCUAGUGGGGGAGGUCGGGUUGGAUCACUCAUUCGCGGCGUGGGAGUGGAGAGCCCAGGAAUCCGCCCUGAAGGAGCUACUACCCCAUGUCCCAGCCGGGCGGGUGGUAAUAUUGCACGUGAGGGGACCCACGGGAGAUGAGGAGGCGGGGGCAACCCACGCCCAGGCAAUACAAAUCUUGAAGGGGAUCUUACCUUCACAACAGCCGGUGCACGUGCACUGUUUCGCGGGUGGAGAGGAAACAGUGCAAGAAUGGUUGAAGGCAUUCCCCCGGGCCUACUUUGGCUUCACUGGCCGGGUGCAAGGGUUCAAGUCAGACCAAGUGGCUGGUCUGAGAGCAGUGCCGGGUGACCGGCUGCUGUUGGAAACGGACUCCCCAUACAUGCCACCGAAGGGGUAUCGAGUCAACUCCCCGGCACUGCUGUGCCUGAUUGGGGACAUGGUGGCUGGGAAGAGGGGGAUGAGUACUGAGGAGCUGCUUGUGGCUACAACCGCGAACGCAGCUCCGUUGUUUGCCAUGUAGAGGGGCAGAGAGCCCACCCCACGGGGGAGUGGGGUAGGUAGGAGAAUGAUGAGGUGAGAGGUUUCACCCUAAGGAGGGGAUGAAGGGGGAAAUCAAGUGUGAAGAACUAUGGGUUCCUCCCCAAUGGGAAGGUAGGACAGGGGGCAUGUGAAGAGCUGUGUGCCAUAUUCCAUAGGAGGUGGAGCCCGGGUAUAUUGUGCAAGGGACAGUUGGUCCCACCCUAACGCAGGGGUGGGUUGGGGAUAAGGAUGUGAUGAACUGUUGGUUCCACCCAAAAGGGCGGGUUCGAUUCCGAGGAGGGAGCUGGGGAUCACCCGCUCAUGUGAACAAUAUGAUAAAGGCACGGACCCUUGAACCUGGGGAAACAGGAAGUGGUUUCUCCGGGUGGACAUUCAUAAGGAGACCCCCCCAAGGGGAAAAGUUAACACGGGGGGGUGUGAUGGCGUUGUUCCGCGGGAAGGAGCCUAUAAAACAGGGAGGGAUGUGGUGAUCGGAGCUGUCAACCGGAAGUUGGAGGACCCGACGGAAACUGCCGGAGACAGCCGAUCGCCACAGCGAGUUCGUGGAAGCCAUCUUGUAAGUAUGCAUUGCCUGUUUCAGGGGUCUACCUAAAACCGUAGAUUUGGGCGUUAAUACUUGCAGGGUGCGAGCUACGGCUUACUCCACGGUGAUCUAAUAACGUAGUGUACACGGUGAUCACUACAGUAUAUUCCACAUUUCAUUCUACAGUAACAUGUCAUUGAAAAGCAUUAAAUGAAAUAGUUCCUCACUUAUUGGGCACAGACAAAACAUGAUUAAUGCACACACUGAACCUUAAACCAGUAAACACAAAACACA